AUGGAGGGGUCCGCACCGGUCGAAGAGCUCGGCUCGCUCUCCAACUUUGAUGCCUCCCUCCAAUCACACGGCGUCGGAGCGGAUCCAUUGCUAAGCCUGCCUCUCCGCUUCUUUUCAUCGACCCUGAACCAACUUCAGUCUCGCCCAUCGCUGGCAAAGCUGUGCGACAAUGUCGAAGGUUGGGGCCCCGUCUCGCAGCAGCGUGACCUCGAUUUCACGCCUUGCUUUCAAGAAGCCGCCUUCUGGACAGCACCCGUCUUUCUUCUCGCCGUCUUUGGCGGCAUCCACCUCGCGCUGCUUUCAGAAAAAGAGCAAAGGCAGCUGAGUCGGACGUCUCGCUCCCUGCUUUGGGCCAAGCAUGUCGUUGUUGGCAUUCUUGCCGUCGCUGCUGGAUUCCAGACCUUCAUCACAUACGGCCUCUUCCGCAAACCAGGAGAGUCGAUCUUCUUCUGGUCGUCCGCCGUCGGUGUCCUCAGCUACAUUCUGGCUCUGCUCCUUCAACAUUUCAACCACACUCGAUCUCGACGAAGCUCGGACGCAUUGCUCUUUUUCUGGCUCGCUCACGUGCUUGCCGGCAUUGUCAAGCUUCGCACUUCGCUCACACGGCCGUCGUUGCCCAUCAAGGACCAGCUGACGACCUUCGUACCCUUCAUUGUACGCUUCGUCUUUGGUAUCGUUGCCUUUGCUCUCGAAAGCGCUGGCGUCGAAUUCGAUUCUCAAGAUGACACGAGCCAGAAGCGCACCUCUUCGACCAACACGCGCAGCAACGGCAACGGAUACCAUGCUGUUCCCGGCGAAGGCAACGGCAGCACUUUCAGCGUCUUCUCCGACCCAGACGAGGAGGCCAAUCCUGCCACCGUCGAGGCUGUCGACGCUGGCAAAGAGUGCCCCAUCGCCACGGCCAAUAUCUUCAGCCGUGUCACCUUCCACUGGAUGCAGCCGCUCAUGACCCUCGGCGCCAAGAAGUUCGUCACCGAGGACGACAUGUGGGCGCUUCCUGCCAACGAAGACGCCGAAAACCUCGGUCGCCGCUUCGACAAGUUCUGGCAGCAGACCAAGGACAAGGCGACGGGCAAGCCGGCUAUCUGGACCACGCUAGCGUACUCCUACGGUGGUCCCUUCCUGUUCGCUGCCGUCCUCAAGUCGGCACAGGACGCGCUCGCCUUCGUCCAGCCCCAGAUCCUGCGCAAGCUGCUCCAGUUCGUGCAGAGCUACGACAGCUCCGAUCCCAACCAGAGUGCCAUGCAGGGCUAUCUGCUGUCGGGUGCUCUCUUCUGUGUCGCCGUCACUCAGACUUCGUUCUUGCAUCAGUACUUCCAGCUCGUGUUCGUCACGGGCAUGCGCGUGCGUGCCGGUCUGGUCAGUGCCAUCUUCAAGAAGAGCUUGCGACUCUCCAACGAGGAUCGCGGCGGCAGAGCUACGGGUGAUAUUGUCAACCUCAUGUCAGUCGAUGCCACGCGUCUGCAGGACCUCUGCACCUACGGUCACAUUGCCUGGUCGGCUCUCUUCCAGAUGACGCUUGCCUUUGUCUCUCUUUACAACUUGCUUGGCUGGCCAUCCUUUGUCGGUGUCGCCAUCAUGGUCGUCAGCGUUCCGCUCAACACGGCGCUCGCCCGCUACCUGCGUCGUCUCAGCGAGAGGCAGAUGAAGGUCAAGGACAAGCGAACGCGUCUCAUGAACGAGAUCCUCACCAACAUCAAGUCGAUUAAGCUCUUCGCCUGGGAGGAGGCCUUCACCCGCAAGCUGUUCAAGGUGCGAAACGAGGAAGAGCUCAAGCUGCUCCGCACCGUCGGUGUCGUCUCGGCUUUCUUCAACUUCUUCUGGACCGCCAUCCCCUUCUUUGUCUCGCUCGGCACCUUUGUCACCUACGCGUACACCAACCCGGAACCCUUGACUGCCGACAUCAUCUUCCCAGCCCUCGCGCUCUACCAGCUGCUUUCCUUCCCCAUCGCCAUGUUCGCCGGUAUCAUCUCGGCGCUCUUGCAGGCCCAGGUGUCGGCUGCACGCCUUUCGGAUUUCUUCGACGCCGGCGAGCUCGAUCCUGCGGCACGCAAGGUCAUCCUGCCUGGUCAGGACGAGCCCGCCAACCCUGACGCACCAUCCCGCCCCAACAACUUGCUCGAGACGCUCAACGACUCCGACAACCCCGCACACGAGCCCGAAGAGGACCAGGAGGUGGUCAUCAUCCGCGACGGAGAGUUCAAGUGGUCGCGCAAGCAGCCAGUGCCAACGCUGCAGGACAUCAAUUUGACCGUCAAGAAGGGCGAGCUGCUCGCGGUUCUCGGCAAGGUCGGUGACGGAAAGAGUUCGCUUCUGUCGGCGGUUCUCGGUGAGAUGGUCCGCACAGACGGCGAAGCGAUCGUCAAGGGCCGCACUGCCUACUUCACGCAAGGUGGCUGGUGCAUGGGUGCGACGGUCCGUGACAACAUCCUCUUCGGCCUCAAGUACGAGCCCGAAUUCUACCAGAGGGUCAUCGACGCCUGUGCUCUGACACCUGACCUCAACAUUUUGGCCGACGGCGAUCGCACCGAGGUCGGAGAGCGUGGUGUCAGCUUGUCCGGCGGUCAACGUGCUCGCAUUGCCUUGGCACGUGCCUGCUAUGCCCGCGCCGACAUCUACCUGCUCGACGAUCCGCUUGCUGCUGUCGAUGCUCACGUCGGUGCCCACAUCUUUAAGCACGUCAUCGGACCCGAAGGUUUGCUGCGCAGCAAGGCUCGUAUCCUGACGCUCAACUCGGUCUCGUGCCUCCCUCAAUGCGACCAGAUCGUAUCGGUGCGUCGCGGUAUCAUCCUGGACGAGCGAGGAACGUACGACGAGGUCAUGGCCAAGAAGGGUGAUCUCUACAACCUCAUCACCGGUCUCGGCAAGCAGAGCGCGCGUGAGCAGGCGGCAGAGGAGGAGGGAGAGACGGACCCGAAGGACCUCGAGGUCGUCGAUAUGGACAAGGAACUCGACUCUCACGGGCAGGGCGGCGACGAGGAUCUGAAGGGGUCCAAGCUGCACCGCCGCAUCAGCUCGGCCUCGAUGGCUCGCCCCAAGACCAUGACCAAGAAGCAGAUCAAGCAGGACACCAUUCGGCAGCUCAAGGAGAGCUCGGCACCAAAAGAGAAGUCCGAGCAGGGCCGCGUCAAGCCCGAGGUCUACCGCCAGUACAUCAAGAGCUGCAGCGUCCUCGGUGUCGUCCUCUACAUCCUCGCCCAGAUUCUGUCGCAGGUCAUGACUGUCUCGCGAGAUGUUGUCUUGAAGCAGUGGGGCAAGGCCAACGAAAACGGUGGCAAUGCUGACAACACGCGCUUCUACCUGACGCUGUACGGCAUCGUUGGUAUCCUGGCUUCCAUCUGCAUCUGCAUCGCUCCGUUCAUCCUUUGGACCUGGCUCGUCAUUUCGAGUGCGCGCAAGUUCCAUGACAACAUGUUCGACGCCGUCCUUCGCAGCCCGCUGCAGUGGUUCGAGACGACGCCGACCGGUCGACUGCUCAACCUGUUCUCGCGCGACGUCAACGUCAUCGACGAGGUGCUGCCGCGUGUCAUCCACGGUCUCAUCCGUACCAUGACGGUGGUGCUUGGUGUGCUUUGCGUCGUCGGCUACUCGGUGCCUCCCUUCCUGAUCGCCAUCAUCCCGCUGGGCUUCGCGUAUCGCGCUGUGCUGCGUUACUACUUGGCCACAAGCCGAGAGCUCAAGCGACUCGACUCGGUCAGCAAGACGCCCAUUUUCACCUGGUUCCAGGAGUCGCUCGGUGGUCUCAGCUCGAUUCGAGCCUUCGGCCAAGAAGCUCGUUUCAUUGCUACGUCCGAGGCCCGUGUCGAUCGCAACCAGCAAUGCUACUUUCCCGCCGUGUCGUGCAACCGAUGGCUCGCGGUGCGCAUCGAGAUGAUGGGCUCGGUCAUCAUCUUCAUCGCCUCGACGCUGGCCGUCUUCAUCCGAACGAAGAACGGCAAGAUGGACGCCGGCCUGCUCGGCCUGAUGAUGUCGCAAGCACUCAGCACUACGCAGACGCUCAACUGGGUCGUGCGAUCCGCGUCCGAGGUCGAGCAGAACAUUGUCAGCGUCGAGCGUGUCAUGUCGUACACCGACCUGACUUCGGAAGCGCCGUACGAGGUGCCGGACCAGACUCCACCGGAGGACUGGCCCGGCAAGGGCGAGGUGAGCCUGCAGUCGUACUCGACGCGCUACCGACGCGAGCUCGGGCUGGUGCUCAAGAAGCUCAACAUCGACAUUCAGGCGGGCGAGCGCAUCGGUGUGGUGGGUCGCACGGGUGCUGGCAAGUCGAGUUUGACGCUGGCGCUCUUCCGCAUUAUCGAGGCUGCUGAGGGCAAGAUCUCGAUCGAUGGGAUCGAUGUGUCCAAGAUCGGGCUCAAGGAUCUGCGUUCUGCGAUCGCUAUCAUUCCGCAAGAUCCUCAGCUGUGGGAGGGUACGCUGCGGGAGAACCUGGAUCCCACCGGUCGUUCGGACGAUGCUGCGCUGUGGAAGGCGCUUGGCCAGGCCAACAUGAAGGACCACGUGCAGAGUCUCGAAGGUGGGCUGGACGCCCAGCUCACCGAAGGAGGCACCAACUUCUCCGCUGGCCAGCGUCAGCUCAUCUGCAUCGCCCGAGCCUUCCUCCGCAACGCCAAGAUCCUGGUGCUCGACGAGGCCACCAGCGCCAUCGACCUCGAGACGGACGCCCAGGUGCAGAGCAUCGUGCGUUCCGAGUUCAAGGGCACCACGAUCACGGUGGCGCAUCGACUAAACACGGUGAUCGACUCGACACGGGUGCUGGUGCUCAAGGACGGCGCGGUGGCCGAGUUUGACAGCCCGGAGAAGCUGCUCGAGGACAAGCAGAGCAUCUUUUUCUCCAUGGCACUCGAGGCGGGACUGGCCAAGCUCGACUCGUAG